GCAUAGAGCAAUGUUAAUGCCAAAGUUUUUAAAUGAGCUGUGUUGGAGCUAACAGCUAACAAGGCUAGGCUAGCUCCCCACCUCCCCCCCGUCCCCCUUUUCUCCCCCACCUGUUUCCAGUCCUAAAGCUAAACUAAGCUACGCUAAUCAUCGCAGAUGUGAGGCUCAGUGUCGUCUUGAGCCUCAUCAUCUGGAGAUGAAUGUGUUUCCCUAAACUGAUUGAACUGGUCCUUUAAUUUUGACGCGUUAAAGGUUUUUCUUUUUCCAACUCUGUUCAGUGUGAUGUCAUCAUGUCGUUACGUUCUCCCGAGCCACGCCCCCACCCCCUUUAUGGUUGUUAGCGCUGGCGGUUGACGGCAGGAGCAGCAGCAGCGAUAAAUGGCUCUUUUAAGUUUGGAGCUGCUCGUGUUCUGUCUGGCUGGCAGAUGCAGUGCCUAGUGCCCAGCCUCCAGGACAACGCCAACAUGAACGGGACGUCCGAGCAGGCCGACAUCCUGCCGCCAAACUGCAUGGUCAAAGACCGAUGGAAAGUGCUGAAGAAAAUCGGCGGUGGCGGGUUCGGGGAGAUCUACGAGGCCUUGGACCUGCUGACGCGGGAGAACGUGGCGCUGAAGGUGGAGUCGGCCCAGCAGCCCAAACAGGUGCUGAAGAUGGAGGUGGCGGUGCUGAAGAAGCUACAGGGUAAAAACCACGUCUGUAAGUUUAUCGGCUGUGGGAGAAACGACAAAUUCAACUAUGUGGUGAUGCAGCUGCAGGGUCGUAACCUGGCCGACCUACGAAGGAGUCAGCCCAGAGGAACCUUCACCAUGAGCACCACCCUACGGCUCGGGAAGCAGAUCCUGGAGUCCAUCGAGGCCAUUCACUCUGUGGGCUUCCUGCACCGUGACAUCAAACCGUCAAACUUUGCGAUGGGUCGACUUCCCUCCACCUACAGGAAGUGCUACAUGCUAGACUUUGGCCUGGCGCGCCAGUACACCAACACCACCGGAGAAGUCAGACCGCCGAGGACUGUGGCAGGUUUCAGAGGAACGGUUCGUUACGCUUCAGUCAACGCUCACAAAAACAAGGAAAUGGGUCGCCAUGACGACCUGUGGUCAUUGUUUUACAUGUUGGUGGAGUUCGCCGUCGGACAGUUGCCGUGGCGAAAGAUCAAAGAUAAAGAACAAGUGGGUCAGAUUAAGGAGCGUUACGACCACCGGAUGCUGCUCAAACACAUGCCUUCAGAGUUUAAUAUCUUCCUGGACCACGUCCUGGCCCUGGACUACUAUACCAAACCAGACUACCAGCUGCUGAUGUCGGUGUUCGAGAACAGCAUGAAGGAGCGAAUCAUCACCGAGAACGAGCCUUUCGACUGGGAGAAGGGAGGGGGCGACGUGACGCUGUCGACCAGCGCCUCCACUCAACCACAGCACAACACCCGACCCACUGCCGCCAUGGUGGGAGCCAUUGUGACACCGGUUCCUGGAGAUCUUCAGCGCGAGAACACUGAUGACGUUCUGCAGGACGAACAUCUCAGUGAUCAGGAGAACGCUCCUCCAGUCCCACCCACUCGACCGCCUGGGGAGACCAGUGUCCCCCCACAUGCUGUCGAGACAGGAGAGGCCUGGGAGGACACCGACUUUAACCGCAACAGACUCAGGAUCAGCCUGAACAAGGGUGCGCAGGAAGAGGAGGUGGGUCGAGCGGUGUGUCCGGUGUCACCGGUUCGAGGCGGAGCCCCAGAGUCACCGACGGGUCAGGGUCGGUCUUUGCGAUAUCGGCGGGUCAACAGUCCCGAAUCUGACCGCCUGUCUGCUGCUGAAGGCCGUGUCGACGCCUACGGACAGAGAUCCAGGAUGGACAUGCUCGGCUCUCCAUCACGUCACGUCUACUCUUCUCAGCCGGCUCAGAUGCUGUCCGUCGACCCCGGUUGCCGUGGCGAUCGGCAGGCCAGCGGCCGCCAGGAGGUGUCAGUGGCGUCCGUCGACCAGGAGGCACACAGCAACGCCUUCAUCCGCUCCGUCCCGCUGGCCGAGGAGGAGGACUUUGACAGCAAAGAGUGGGUGAUCAUCGACAAAGAGACGGAGCUGCGCGACUUCCAACCGACCACAUCAGGGACAACUGACGAGGAGCCAGAGGAGCUCCGGCCCUUAGAGGAGCAGGAGGAGAGGAGGAGGCUCAGAGCCGGAGGAGCAGAGCUGGUGGUUCGUCCAAAGACUCACACGAGGGAGAGCAGCCGGGGGAUGCUAACGCUCACCGAGGAGGAGGCGUCGCGGAGGAGUGGCGGCGGGAGCCCCGCCCAGUCGCCCUGUCACUCGCUUCCAUCGGGACGUCCGCGCCGGAGAGAGUCGGACCCCACAGGACCUCAAAGACCGGUGUUGUCACCCACGGAGCAGAGCGCCCCACCGCCAACCUCCCCAGACUACCGAACUAAGGGCCAGAGUGACGAGAAGGAGCAUUUCCACAUCCUGCCUCAGCUCCAGGCCAAGAGAGCGGACUUCCUCACCGUCAUGUUGACCGGUACUUUGCCUCCACGAAGAAGCUUUGCCACGCCAGAAGAGGAAGUCCCAGAACCUGCAGGGCCAAAGGACGAUGAUGUCACAAAGAGUGAGUCCAACAGUGAGGCCAGUCAGAAAAGCACUGAACGAAGCCAGGAAGCUGCACCCUCCACACUCAUGGCAGAGGACCAGAGGGUUCAGCGGGAGCUUGCUUCAGCCGCCGAUGCAGACCCUGACUUGGAGGAUGCAUCCAAAACCCUUGUCCUCUUCUCUCCUGGAGACACACGCAAGUCUCCCUCUGGUGGUGAUCAUGGGCUAGAAGGUGAGUUGGCCACACCGUCUGCCCCCACUUCACGUACUGACCGCCUCCUGGUUGGAGAGGCAAUGCAGCCUGAACCCUCUGAGACUGGCCGUUUGUCCCCAGCACUCAGGUCAGACCUGAGACCUUCCACUCCCAUUGCUCCUGCAUCACCACCCUUCACCAAAGUUGAGCGCACUUUUAUCCAUAUUGCAGAGACAUCACACCUCAAUGUUAUGUCUUCCAAUGGUCACUCUGCUAAGGAGAGUGACAGGGAAGUCUUGGCCAUCAUGAAGCAAUCAGCUGUAGAGGAUAACACCUGUGAGCAGGGGGAAACUCCAGGGACAGAAGAUUCACUAGAGGGGCCCGAUCAAAUUGCACCAGUUGACAAACUCACCAAAACUGAGAGCAGUCUGUCAUCUGUCCUGGCUCAGUCUUUGGAGCCUGUUUUGGAAGCAGUGUCCCCAGUUCAUGAAAAUAAUGAAGAAGUUGCUAAACUACGGACAACCGUAUCACCACUACCAGCUCCCGCAAGGCCCCGAAUCCGUAGCCGGAUCCCAGUACUUGUUUCUGAAGAGGACUCAGGUUCUGAACUGUCCUCUUCCCUCUCUGCUCGGGCUCGGCUUCAGCAGCGGGCUAGGCAGCUGGACUUGGCCCGUCUGUUGGUCCAGAAGCAACAGGGUCGUUGGAUCAGGAGGAGGAUGCUGUCUGGGACAUCAUCAUCAUUGUCAUCCGGGGACGACGAGCGCCGGCGGGCUUCUGAGACUCUGUCCACUGCGGGCUCUGAGGAGGACACACAUACCUCAGACGAGUCGAGAAGAAGCUCCCGCCUUAAAACGACUGUAGAACAAGGUUCAAAGGAAUGCAGGAGCAGGAUCCCCAGGCCUGUCACCCCUGUAAAGAGGCCUUCGGGUGGGCCUGCAGCCACUUCUCCUCCUGUUUCCUUUCCAGAUUCCAGCACUACCAAAGGAGCACCAUCUUUUGCCAAUGGGAAUCAGAAAAUUGGACUUAGCACUCUUAGCACCCAACGGAAAUCCAUACCUGUGUCACCCAGGUCCUCUUCCUUGUGUCCCCGUCCCACUGCUGUCCCUGCCACAUCUGGCAGUCCUCGAAUGCCCCUGCGAGUCUUGUUUGGUACCCGGCGCAGCCUUAGCUCUACCCACUACAGGACUGACAGCCCUUCUCCACAGAGAAUAUGUCCAUCCAGGCAGCCACUCUCGGUUCGUGCCCCAACUGUCCCCAUGCUACCGCCUAGGACUACUACAGCAACAAUGCGGCGCAGCGCCUCACAGGACGUCACUGCCCAGUCCUCCUCUGGCACCAUGUCCACCAGGACCAGGCCAAAAUCAGCUGGUGUGACUAAGGGGAAAACAAAGGCCAGGGAGAAAUCAGUGACCGCUAGAUAAUACAAAGAGACACAUUGCUGAGACGUGUUUGUGUAUAAUCAGUCUUCAGACAAGCUUCGCCUCAAAGGUUCUCACUUGAUUCCAUAUUAGACUGUGCUGUUACAAUGACCUCCUUUAAAUCCUUCAGUGUAUAUGGACCUCUCAUUUUUUUUCCAUGUUCAGCUUUUUGAACAAUCUUCAUGGGCUUCCAGUAAUCUUGACUAACUAUCGUACAGGAGCAUUGGUGCCAUGGUGCUAUGAUUAUAUCUGCUGCUCCCUGGCCAAUCCCCAAUCCAACUGAUCCCAGGAGGUGAAAACAAGUCCAGUUACAAAGACUCUCAUCUUAUAUAGUACUCCCAGCUUGUCCACAGCUCUACUACUCUCCUACUAACAGUACCCUGCUUGGUGUCACAUUGCAUGGUGAAGUCUACCACAAAUACAUUGAAUUGUAGAGGGAAGAUGAUAUGUACAAGAUCUGUACCUUUAAAUGAUGUGAUGUAGUACUCCUUAUUGGCCAAAAAUUAAUAAAUUGGACUGGUUUGAAUGCCUGAACUAUGUAACUAUGGUAAGAGAUUUCUAACUAUACCCUGUACUCAUUAUAGUCUUGGAUAAAAAGAUGGAUGUGAACACAAAAAUAAAUUGCUCGGCUGCUAGCCUCCUCCUCAUGGUGCGACAAUGGGCAUGCUUAAUUCAAUCUAUUUUCUGGGUGUUUUUAUUUUGUUUAUGCUCUGAAUUGUACAGAAUAUAAUAGAAUCAUUUCCCAUAAAGACAUAUUUAUUUUUUAUCUUGCCAAGCAAAGUCUAAAUUUCAAGUCUUUAACUUUCUGUUCUGAUGUGUUGGCACUAUGCCUGUUUUUUUUGCGCAUGAGAAAAACAGGGUUAACCAUGAGAGGAUAUUAUACCUGCUUGGAUUCUGCUGACAGUGCAAAGGCCAGCUGGUUGUUGGGGCUUGUGAUGUGUUUGUGAAGGGGUUGAUGGGCACUGAACUGUGAAGUAAAGUCUUGAUCAUGUGAAA